AUGGAGCCUGUGGCUCAAGUAGUGCUAGAGGUUGCAGGUAACGCAGAGAUGGAAUGGGUUUCGAAACGGCUCAAGAUCAUUGAUACGCUAUCUUACCCUGGCUUAGCGAUUAAGGGUAUCGCUGCGAUAGGGCCUACCCUUGAUCUGUAUGGCCAGAUGAAAGCAAAAGCGACCAUUUCAGGUCAGUUGCGAGCGGGUGCCAAGAUUACUUUCCCCAAGCAAUUAAUGUACUUUCCCCAGGUCGAGGAGGCGAAAGACUAUAUCAAGCAACCCCAAGCAACAGAAGGUGAUGAGAGUAGCAGUAAGGGUACUGAUUUUGUGCCAAUCCUAGAUGCUGCUGUGCAGGCAUCUGUCAACGUGGACUUGCUCAUUACCCCAGAGGUUAAUCUUGGCAUCAAGGUCACUGCUCCUAAGGUAUCGGGCGAUGUCUUGAAUGCUCAGAUCGUUGGUUUUGUGAACAACACUUUCAGAUUCGAGGUCCAAGCCGAUGGCAAGGCUGGAAUCGGAAAUACCCGUGCUGGAAGUUACCACAUCUAUAUCAAAUACAUUUACAACUUCGGCGUCGGGGGUAUCGCUAAAUUCAAGUGGUUGGGAGAGUACGCGCUGAAGCCCUACUACAUGUGGGACGCGAAGAACGGUCGAACGAAGAUCCUAUACGAGCACUAUGGUGAGGUUUCCCUUUCGAAGCGUAAUCCCUUCAUCUCGGAAGGUGGCGAUGCGUACAUAGAUAAGUUCGAGCCGCUGUACAACUCAUCGUAUCAGCUUGAUGACGAAUGGUACGGCUCCAGUGGAGCUCUCUCACCAUCCCUAGGAAAGCGAGACCAACUCGCAGACCAUGCCGCACUGGGAGAUAAGGCCAAACGAUUCACAUGCAACGAUGGCGGGAAAUGCGAACAGGGAGGCUGUUCGGGCGAUAAGUGCGAGUGGAAGCCCCCAGCUUCACAACGCAAACUAGCGCGCGCGGACGGGGAUCCCGAAGAAGGCGACCCCGAAGACGCCGAUCCAAACGCGCCUUGUCAAAAUUCCGUUCCAGCCUUCAUGUACAAUUGCAAAUAUUUCCCGGACCGUGACGGGGGGGGAGGUUACCAGUUCAAAGGAAUCUGCCACAACAUCUUGGAUUACAUGCGUGACCACGAGGGCGGAGGUUUGGGCCCAGUCGACUUGACUUAUAAUUGGGAAGGGAAGGCCAGUGGGAGCAACCGCAAUGAUGUGUGUGGAGAGAGAAUAUCCUUCGAAAGAUGGGACGAGAAGGAGAACAAAUACGUCAACGUUAGGGACACGUGGUCUAAAAGCUGCAUCGCUUAUUCUGACAGAUAUUGGCGCGAGAUGAACCAGAAAGCGUCGAAGAACAAUGGUAAUGGUAAUUGGGCGAGCUGCGAUGAGUUUCCGUUCAACGCUGUGCUAGAAGGAGGCGAUCCCAAUGAGGUGUAUUGGACCGACUCGGACGGCGAAGCUAAGACAGACCAGAAGAAUUGGGCGGACGAAUGGAAAGACAACAAAGCAACAAGAGGCGUGGACUUAGAAACGAAGCCGAUCGACUUGGAUAAAGCGUGGAACCGAGUAAACCGCGAAACCGACAUUGGCAGAGUGGUGGCCGCGGUUAACUUUAUGGACAAUAAGAAAUACGGCUAUAACAACUUUAAUGCGUAUUGUAUUAAAGACGUUACGGGCGCACCCUCGAAGACUCAUCUCUGGGGCAACUAUUACAAAACGGGUGGCUGUAACGUUGAGUUCGACAAUAGUGUCGCGGCUGCCAAGAUGAAGAGAGGAGAAAAGCCCACGCUAGAGGAGAUGUUCAACAUUAUGAAUGAGGAUAUACCAGAUAUUGACGUACUCAUUCCAGUGGAGUUGGUCGAUGGGGAACGCGAGCAUCAACGCCAUUUUAAGAAGCAUCUACAGUAUAAUGCUCAUCAUUGA